AUGAUUUCAAGAAGAGAUCAGUUUCGAAAAUGUUUCAAACGUGCUCAAUCACUCUUGCUACAAGAAGUUAUUAAUGAGGUUGAUAAGGAACUAAAAAAAAAGGAACGGAUUUGGGUGAGAAAUUGGAUCAGCGAAAGAGAUCAAAAAGGAGGGUCAGCAAUACUUUUGCAACAACUGAAGAUAGAAGAUCCCAAUGAAUAUAGACUGGCACUGAGAAUGACAGCAGAAAACUUUGAAGAACUGUUAUCAUUAGUUUCGAUUAAUAUCCAGCGUAAGAAUACGUUGUUCAGAGAUGCUAUACCCGCAAAAUUAAAGUUAGAAGUCACUCUUUCUUUUUUAAGUACUGGAGAUAGUUACAGAAGCCUCAGUCGUAUGUUUCGAUUGCCAAAACCAACUAUUUCAAAAAUUAUACCAGAAGUCUGUCAAGAAAUUAAAAGGGCAUUAAAAGACCACAUCAAGAUACCCACUGCGGAACAAUGGAAACAAGUCGAGGAAGGCUUUCGGAAUAAGUGGAACUUUCCUUUGUGCUACGGAGCGUUAGACGGAAAACACAUAAAAAUUACUGGCUCCUAUGAAUAUGGAAGUACGAACUUUAAUUAUAAAAAAGAAAACAGCAUAGUAUUGAUGGCUCUUGUUGACCAUGAUUACUGUUUUACGUAUAUCAAUGUGGGCGCAAAUGGAAGCGCUUCGGAUGGUGGUAUUUUCAAAAACUGUUCCAUUUUUACUGAAUUAGAAAAUGGCAGUUUUAUUCCAGAAGAUGGAGUGAUUGUGGCUGAUGCAGCAUUUCCACUAAAAACAUACUUAAUGAAACCAUAUCCUGGGAUAUCCUGCGGUCAAGAACAAUACCAGACUCUACACGGCAGCUACUUGGCAGUUAUCCCACUAAACUGCAACCUGAGAACACCCGCCUUCACUAUCUCCAACUCCAACGACCAAAUCAAAGGACAUGUCAUAAAGAUCAUCGAGAUGCCCCUAUACAACGAGUCAAGACAUCAAAGUCACCCGAAGCUCAUCUUGAAUUCCCCGAAUCUACAAAAACUUCACGCCCUGAGCAACGAGAUAGCGACGCAAUCGCCCAUACAUCUAGAUAACGUCACCGACCCAGUCAUAUAUCACACGACUAUACCCAUGUACCUCACACUCUUCGGUACAUGCGCGCUCAUCGCUACUCUACUCUACCGCCGGCUACGCACAAGAAAAGUAUCCAAAGUCGUCUCGGAAAACUACAGCAGCAACCCUGAAAUCGUUUGUGCAGUCCCAGCUCCACGCACUAUCAACCCCAGCCAAAUAAGGGUUGAUCCUGGAUGCCUAGCAGCGACCAUCUCGCACAAGUCCAUCGAUACUCGCUGUUCUUCGGGGGGAGGUGUUACACAUAGCCAGUAG